AUGUUCCUUUUUUUGACAGCUGUCAGCGUGAUAACUUCGGUUUGAAUAAAAAGCUCACCAUGGCCACCCCAGAUGAAAAAUACAACCUCCUGUCGAGAAAUUUACAAGAAAUUCUCGGUGAGGAUAAAAUUAAAACAAUCCUAAAAGAAAGGGAUUUGAAAAUCUAUUGGGGUACAGCCACUACAGGGAAGCCUCAUAUAGCCUAUUUCGUGCCGAUGUCGAAGAUCGCCGAUUUUCUGCGCGCUGGUGCCGAAGUUACCAUUUUGUUUGCCGACUUGCACGCCUAUUUGGACAACAUGAAAGCUCCCUGGGAGUUGCUGGAGCUUCGUGUGCAAUACUACGAGCACUCCAUUAAAGCCAUGCUUGCUUCCAUUGGAGUGCCGCUGGAUAAAUUGAAGUUUGUUAAGGGUACGACUUUCGAAUUGUCGAAAGAGUACACUCUGGAUGUGUACAGGUUGAGUUCUGUCAUUACUGAGCAUGAUGCUAAGAAGGCUGGGGCUGAAGUUGUCAAGCAGGUCGAUCACCCAUUGGUCAGCGGACUUUUGUACCCAGGCUUACAGGCUUUAGAUGAAGAAUAUUUAAAGGUGGAUGCACAAUUUGGCGGUAUUGAUCAACGAAAAAUAUUUACUUUUGCCGAAAAAUACUUACCACAGCUGGGUUACCAAAAAAGGGCCCAUCUUAUGAAUCCAAUGGUGCCUGGUUUGACAGGGAACAAAAUGUCUUCGUCUGAAGAAGACAGCAAAAUAGAUCUCCUGGAUUCGCCAUCCAACGUGAAAAAGAAGCUCAAAAAAGCCUUCUGCGAGCCGGGUAACAUCGACAACAACGGCGUGCUGUCAUUCUCGAAGCACGUAAUUUUCCCGCUGCUGAAACCGGAAGAAAAGUUCGUCGUGCCGCGAAAACCGGAAAACGGCGGAGACUCUUUUUUCGAAACUUUCGAAAAGUUACAGGAAGCCUUCGCGAAGGAGGAAGUCCACCCCGCCGAUCUCAAAUCGGGCGUCGAAUUUUACAUCAACAGACUUUUGGAGCCGAUUAUCAAAACUUUCCAGGACCCCAAACUGAAGCAACUGGCGGAAAAGGCCUAUCCCGCCCCUGGAAAACAAAAGGGCGGAAAUCAAACUGCGGCUGUAGAAGAAAUUGUGGCGAGUCGUUUGGACUUAAGGGUGGGCAAAAUAGUGGAAGUAAACGUGCACCCGGACGCUGAGAGUUUGUACGUGAGCAAAAUCGACUUGGGUGAAGAGCAACCCAGAACAAUCGUAAGCGGUUUGGUUAAAUACAUCUCAAUCGAAGAAAUGAGAGGUAGAAGUGUUGUUGUUCUAUGCAACUUGAAACCGGCCAAGUUGAGGGGCAUCGAAUCCCACGGCAUGGUUUUGUGCUGCAAGAUUGAAGAGGAGGAUAAACUGGAAACCCUGAUCCCCCCAGAAGAUUCCCUCCCAGGCGAGAGAAUCCUCAUCGAAAACUAUGAAGAUGGUAACCCCGAUGAAGUUUUGAACCCCAAGAAAAAAGUAUGGGAAAAAAUCGCCGUGGAUCUUAAAACAAAUGCCAACUGCGUGGCACAGUGGCAAGGAAAUAAUUUGCUCACCAAAUCCGGGGGAAAUAUCACCACCAAAGCAAUUCCUAAUACACUAAUAAGGUAGAUGUAAGAACAAAUUUUAUUUAUUGCAUUUAUUAUGAAUAAACAAUAAUUAUUUAA